UCUUUUCUUUUCUUUUCUUUUUCUUUCUUUUUUUUUUUUUUUUUUUGAGGUCAUGGAAAGUUAUUACAAUGCCUGGAGCUCUGUUGUACUCCUUGAAAACCGUUUAUAACCACUGUGCUGAACUGUGGCAGUGUCUUAUGGAAUUUUCACCUAGUAAAGUCUUGGUAUGUCAUAGAAAGGAGCAAUUAUACGUAGUUUAAGUAUUCACACUUAAAAGAUUAAAAACAAACUAAACAAAAACCUUCUCUCUAGUUACCUAUGAGAUAUGGCCCAAAACAACAAGAAGCACAGAACAAACCAACAAGCAAACCAUAUGCCCCUCAGCAACGAAGACAGAACUGUUCAUAAUGUUCAAGUAUAAAACAACUGACUGACUUUGAUUAGUUAUUUUUAAACCCUUUUCACCUCAUUGCCAUCAGGAAAGGCUCUCUUGUGCUCUAAAGCACGUUAACUAGGAGCUUCAUGGCUAGGUGAAAACACUAUUCGGGGAUUUUAAGUUGUACCAGAGUACUCGCGGGUAUUUGCACAUUUAAAAACCAUGGGUAUUAGGGUAAGAGAGAUGGCUCAAUAGUUAAGGGCACUUGCAUAGUGCCCAGGUUCCAUUGUCAGCACCCAUAUGAUAGCUUACAACCAGAAUGUCAGUUCCAGGGCAUCAAACAGGCAAGCACGUGGUGCACGUGUAUGCAUGCAGACAAAACAUUCAUAUUCUUAACAUAAAUACGUCUUUGAAGUAAAAGUGUCCGAGGGAGGCCUCCGUCGCUACUUGCACUGAGGACAAUAAAUGGAAACCUCCCUGAUUCAGAUUAGUGAGGUAGCCAGCUCAAAUUAGCAUUCAAGAGGCUCGGAGAACCUGCUUCCACUAGGCAGGGAAGAAGCACCACCUUCAGGGGGCAGGACUGGAAGUGAUUGGCAGAUGCAGGGUGGGCAGCCGGCGCCGGAAGUGACGAAACGACUUUGGAAGUGACGAGGAAGCGACUUUGUGUUCCGAAGCUGGGGCGCGGUUUUGGAAAAUAGUGUGUGGGAGUGGACGUGCUGUUUUCCUAUCUGCACUUAGGUACACUUGUUACCAAGCCGCGUUUGGCGCAGUGUCGCAGUUCGGAGCUUUCUCACGGCAUCCCCGAGAAGGACAAACCUUGGGCCCCGCUCACUCCAGAACUCAACCCCGAAAGGCAUUCUUGUGCUCGUCCAUUGGCUGACAACGCUGUAAUUCGGAAAGAAAGAAAAAGACUGCUUUCCAACAUUUUCUUGGACAAUUACAGCAGAAAAAAAGAAUGUAUGUAUUUCCAAAGAUAUCUUUGAGACCUGAAGUUGAAAACUAUCUCAAAGAGAGCUUUUUGAACGAGGAGGUUGUGUCUGCUUCGAGCCAACAGGAAGCAGAAAGGAACUUUGAGACUCUGCUGCUUCGCCUGUCACACCCUCCGUUGUUCACGACUGUCAGAGUGAAUACGCAUUUAGGCUCAGUUGAGCAUGUCAGAGGUCUGCUGCUUGAAGAGCUUCAGAAGUUUGGUGGAUCCAGCAUUCCCGUUCUUCAGCAUCCAGCCCUCCCGGAUGUUCUACUCAUCCCCAUGACUGGACCAAGGAAGAAUAUAGAAAGACAACAGUGUGAAGUGAUUGUUGGUGCACAGUGUGGCAAUGCAGUAUUAAGAGGGGCCCAUGUCUAUGUUCCAGGAGUUGUAUCAGCUUCAAAGUUUAUGAAAGCUGGAGAUGUCGUUUCUGUGUAUUCUGAUAUUAAAGGGAAAUGUAAGAAAGGAGCCAAAGAGUUCGAUGGAACUAAAGUAUUUCUGGGAAACGGAAUUUCUGAACUAAGCCGCAAAGAUAUCUUCAAUGGGUUACCUGAUCUGAAGGGUAUAGGCAUAAGAAUGACAGAACCCAUAUAUCUCAGUCCCUCAUUUGACAAUGUUCUAUCUGGUUAUAUAUUUUUACAGAAUUUGCCAUCUACGGUUGUAGCUCAUGUUCUUGAUCCUCAACCUGGAGAGAAGAUUCUAGAUUUGUGUGCAGCACCAGGGGGCAAAACUACACACAUUGCAGCACUGAUGCGCGACCAGGGAGAAGUAAUAGCAUUGGACAAAAUACUGACUAAAGUGACAAAAUUAAAGCAGAAUGCUUCAUUAUUAGGACUGCAUUCUAUCCGGGCGUUUUGCUUUGAUGCAACAAAGGCUCUUAAGCUGGAGGUGAUGGACGGCGUAGACGGGGCACCUCCAUUCUUACCAGAAUCUUUUGACCGAAUUCUCCUUGACGCGCCCUGCAGUGGACUGGGACAGAGGCCAAAUAUGGCUUGCACUUGGACUUUGAAGGAAGUGACAUCCUAUCAGCCACUGCAGCGAAAACUCCUUAAUGUGGCGGUUCGACUCCUGAAGCCAGGGGGUGUGCUGGUCUACAGCACGUGCACAGUAACUCUGGCAGAAAACGAAGAGCAAGUCGCCUGGGCCCUCAGAACAUUCCCCUGCCUUCAACUUCAACCCCAGGAACCACAGAUCGGAGGAGAAGGGAUGCUGGGAGCUGGCCUGUCACUGGAGCAGCUGAAACAGCUGCAGCGCUUUGACCCGUGUGUUGUGCCUCUGGAGAGCAUGGACACGAACUCUCUUGGAGAUGCCAGAAGGGAAGACGUGAUUUGGCUAGCCAACAAGGAUUGUAUAGGCUUCUUUAUUGCAAAGUUUCUAAAAUGUCAAAGCACAGAAAGGAAGGUUUCUCGGAAAUGAAAAUCCUGAAUGCUGUCUGCGUGGUGCUGUUUCUUACACCAAAAUGUUGUCAAGCCAACGGAGUGAUGGCACGGUUGCUCAGGAAACAGGAUAUGCUAGCAGUUCCCCGGAUUAGAAGGGGCAGUGUGUAUAUGUGGCCCUGGGAAAGUGAGGGCUAGUAAAGCAAAAUCAGCCUCAUGUUUCCUGAAAGGGAAGGAGGAGUCGCCUGGGGUCUGGAGCACACUUUCAGCACUAACUCAUCAGUAUUAGUCUUUCUAAUGUGAAAAAAUAGUUUAAAAACAAAAGAAUAAACCUCUAAACCUUCCAA